UUCUAGCAAAUUUGACAGUAUUUUUAGUGUGGCGCUCAGAAAACAUAAACAAACAUAUUUAUAGAAAAGUUUCUUAUUGCGAUUCUAUAGGAAUUAUGUGGAAAGUUAAUGAAAGUAAUUCUCUAAAUAAUUCUAUUCUACAGAAAUCUGAUGUGAAGGCAUUAGUGCAGCUGGCUGUUUUCUAUAUCGACAAUCAGAGUUGUCCUGUUCAGAAACAGAUUGUGACCAGGAAGAAAAUAUCUGCUUUCUCAAACAGUAAUCUGUCAAACAACCAGUUUGUUGACCUAUUCUUCACGGUUCUACGCAUCAUCGAAGAGUAUUUGAGACGCACAGCUAGAGAUUCUGGGAAGAAAGAUAUCCUGAGGAAACUCCUGCAGGAGCACAAAUUCCCUGAAGAUUGCAUGGAGGAAGUGUGCAACACGCUCUGGAAACACCGAGAUCUCAUGCUCCAGAAGUACUAUGAACUGAAGACCGUUAAUGUCGUUCCGAACAUUUGCUGGAGAAUCAACAUAAGCAUGAUUAAUGACAACGUAGCUAGAGUGUCAGAUCCUAAAAUUGUCCUGGAAAUUGUCUAUUCCGAAGGCAAGAUCUCAACAUUCGAGAUUAGCAGAUUUAUGUUCCAUCGACUGCGCUACACCAUUGCCCAACUCCUCAAGUCUAUGAUCGCGAUCGAAGCGAAAGCCAUACUCAAAAACUAAAGCUUUAUUCCCUUGUUUAUUCCCCAAAUUAAACUAUUAUUCACACUGUA